UAGGCCGACUCAGACAGCGUGAUCUAUCGUCUGCACAUUUGAAUUGCCGCUACAAGAGGUUAACUGCUCCCGGUUAAAAAGGCCCUGGAGGGAAAUUUCCAAGGGAGUGGCCGCUGCACCUGUCCGACCUGUUCCGACGACACAUGACUCCGGAGGAAUUUGCCGCUGUUCCAGCGAAAUUUGUAUCCCCAAAAGGUUAUUUUUAGAUGAUCGACAUGGUUUUACAAAGAGGCAUGCCGAAAGCAGACGAACUGCAACUGGAGAAACCACUACUGCAUUCGGUAGCCUUUGCUUUGCUACUUCGUUUGCAAACUAAAACCGUGCUGAUAAUCUAAAGAAAGUUAAAAAAAAAAAAAGGUUUGACAAUCCGCAUGUUGCUGUUUUAAUUUGUAUCACGUGAAAUAGAAAUGUAUAGGCCCUAUUGAGAUCCGCGUUCCCGCGACGCCAUAUGUUAUUUGGGGAUACAUAUUUUUGCGGUGGGAUACUGAAUUCGGCGUUACACCGCUCCGUGCUGCUGCUCCAGUCCUUUGUUGAAUGGAGACCUCUGUGUCUCUUUGAAAGAGGUAGAGGAUUAGAAGUACGAGGACGAGAGAGGAGGGGGGGGGAAAAAGAGAGAGACGGAGAGAUGUCGGAACCAGCCACAAAUCCCGCAGCAACCUCUUUCCCGGCGCCAACUAUUUCUCUGCCUUUGGGACUGGAAAUAUUGAGGACCUAUUCUGGAGCCCUUAUUUGCUCAGAGAUAGUAUUUGGCGGUCUGGUAUGGAUCCUGGUGGCUUCUUCCAAUGUGCCAGUGCCGCUGUUGCAGGGCUGGGUGAUGUUUAUCUCCGUCACUGCCUUCUUCCUGUCAUCCACCUACCUUGCACUCUUCAUCACAGGCCUGGCUGACCGCAUUAACACUGACUGGAACUUUGUGGAUGUGGUGUACCAUUUCACAGCUUUGCUCUUCUACUUUGCCGCCUUUGUGUUGGAGGCAGCCACCACAGCAGCUAACGGAGGAGCCCACAUCAAGACAACUCAUAACAGCACUGAAACUGUAAUGUGUAUAACCUUCCCACGGGGCAACGUGUUCGCCAUCCUUGAUGCGAGGCAAUACAGUAUUAAUGUGGCAGCUACGGUAUUUGCCUUCGUGGUGACACUAUGCUACGGCUGCAGUAUGUUCAUGGGCUUCCGAAGGUGGAGGAAGUAACCCACAACACCGAUAGCUACAGAAACGAAUGGUACGAACUGCUCUACGACUUGUUCACGGUACAUCUGAAGUAUUUCAAAUUCAGCCACAGGGUCCUUUUUCCAAGAAAGCACCUCCACACAACUGUUUUGACGGGUUGCAGGACAGAUAAGGUUUUAUUACUUCCUAGAGGGGAACUUGGGUCAGCAAGCAGCCACAUGUCCUGUAGGAAAAACACAUCAUACAUAAAAUAUCACUCUCAAAAAUAAAUUCUGCAAAAAAGAAAAAAGAAAAAAAGUCAUGUGUUUUUCUGGACAACACCAAAACAGAGGGCUACACGUGUUCAUAGAACUGGAGUUACAUGCAGGGUAAUGACUAUUUUCUUCUCGGACUCCCAACUAUUGUUUUUUAAUGGCUCAUAGGGCUCCAUUAACCUCCGGUUAACCUACUCCAGUUGCGUCCUGAAUAAUCAAAAGUUCUAAGAAUUCGUACAUUGUUCGUAGGUUGUAUUUUUUUUCCAAGGACUUCAAUUUUAAGGUUCAGGAAUAACAGUUUCAAAUUGCAGUCAAAUUUGCAACCACAUAGAUAAACCGUCAUAACUGUUUUCCUUUGCUUUGCCGUUCCAUCCUCCGUCAGAAGCCCUGCUGUCCUGUGCGGUAGUGCUGCAUGCACUGGUGAGGCUUCGAUACUGGAGAACCAUUUUGAGGCAAGGCAAAAAAUGAGCCAUUUUUCAUUAUGACCACCCUUUCACACGAUGCAUUUAAUAACCAUACGGAUUGGGCUGCAUUUACCAGUGUUUAUAUAAGCAAUAUUACCCAUUUCCACUACUCCACAAAUGUGUCAAAGCACCAUUGCCUGUAGAAAGAGGGGAAUAAUUGUCCGAUGUGAUGGCACCGCUUGCUGGACAGACAUUGAAAAGCACAAAGACUAUGGUUUCACUGUACUCCUGUCAUCUUGGAGCCAAGUAGCUCUUGGUGGACUUACUCUACAUUUAAUAUGAACAUGUUUGUUCUUGUAUUUUUUUUUAAUGUCCUUUAUUUAAAUGGCAGUUAGAUGUGAUGUUUAAAUUCCAAAGUUGUCAUUUUGUUGUGAGCACUUUUUUUUAUCUUUCUAAUACCACCAAUAUAUGUUCUGUACUUCCAACACAAUUGUUCCAUAUGACUUUAUUCUGUAUUUUAAGUCACCUUUUAAAACCUUUAGUAAGCAGUACAGCGUAUGACAGGAUAUUUAGGGUGGAGGGAGAAAGACAGGGAAAGGUAUGCAUCAAUAUGGUCCUGAGCUGGACCCAAACCCAGGACGCCUUCAUAUGAACACGUCUGUAAUGAUAACAAAAUGAGGACUGUAAUUUGUCUUAACCUUCUGGGACUCACUGUGUUGUUCUAUGCGACUAGCACCACCCAUCUGGCACAUGUACUUGUAUAAACAAACAGCAAGUAACAAAC